AUGCCCCUCGUUCCGAUUCCCGGCAGCACCUUCAUCACGAAGCAUGGGGCAGACGCGCUCCCAACGCCAACGCAAGUCAGGAUGAAAGCCGGAGCUGACGCCCAGUCCCGCCGACCCAAACCUGUUAUAUUCAGGGACCUGGGACUGGUGGUCAAAUUCGGACGGGACGUGGCCGAAACCGAGGCCAAGACGCAGCAGUUUGUCCACAAGAAGCUCCAGGGCACGGUCCCCGUCCCCGAAGUCUAUGGCUGGGAAGUUGAUAGCAAUAGGGGCGAGACGUACAUCUACAUGGCGCUCGUCGCCGGCAAAACCCUGGCGGCCGAAUGGGGUCAAAUGUCCCGCACAAAUAAACUGGCCUUGUGCAAACAAUUCCGGACGAUGUGGUGGGCAUGGAGGCAGCUGCAACAUCCAGAGGCGGCUGACCAUUACAUUGGCACCCUGACACGGCACCCGGUGCGGGACGUGCAUCUUGUCGAGAAUGGCGAGAAGGUCGGGCCUUUAUACGGGGAUGCCGCUGUAGGGACCUUCGACAACAGGUGCGGAAUCGACCUGCCAGCGGCGUCGGCCCAGGCCAUCUUCGCCCACGACGACAUCAACGUCCUCAACAUUAUAGUGGCCCAAGAGGGGGCGGACCUCAAAGUCGUCGCCGUGCUCGACUGGGCCCAGUCCGGCUGGUAUCCCGAGUACUGGGAGUCCUGCAAGGUGUUCAGCACGCGCGUACACUCGACCCUGUUCUUUACCAGACUGAUGGAGGACUGGAUGUUGUGGCUGCCGCAAGUUCUUACCCCGCCCAGCGACGCUCAGAGGGACAAGUUUUCGGUCUUUGUUUCGAGCCGCAUUUGA